CCCUCGUAUUAUGUUAAGGGUCAAUUUGACCCAUUUCAGUUUUUGGGUUGAUCAAACUACUGGUUAUCCUUUCUUUUUCUUCGUGAAAUUUUGUGACUUUUCCUCAUCUAAGGUCAUGAACUUGUGUGUGAAAUCUGGACACUUUGAUGUGUAGUGUAGUGUCUGUGCAGAGUUUGUAUACAAAGAUGAUGUUAUGGGUCAUUUUGACCCGGACACUUUAAUGUGGGUAAGUAGCUGCUCAGAUCUAAAAUAAACAUGUCUCUUUGAUGUACUUUAUUUUGAUUGCCCAAUUAUUUGUAUUUUGAUUCCCUUUGAAGAGCCAUUCAGACCCAGAGACCCAGGUGUAUGUAGAGUAGGAACUUUCUCUCCCUUGUCCUUGUCACUUUUCUCAUGUCAUCUCUUUGACAAACACACCAAAAAUGAGCUCCAGAAGGUUUACUGUUGAAGAAGCUUUAUCACAGAUUUUGAACUGGGACAGUGAUGCAGAGGAGGAGAUUUCAGAGACAGAGGACCUUUCAGAGACUGAGGACAAUGUUAUUGAUGAUCCAGAUUGUCGAUUUUCCUAUGAUGAGGAUGAUUCAGAGGACGAGUCUGCUGUUGUCUCUCCAUCAGAUGAAAACCAAGAAACGCAGCAAUCAUCAUCCACAGAGGGGACAUGGACAUCUAAAGAUGGUAAUAUAAAAUGGUCAACAUCACCACAACAAAGCCAAGGCAGACUGUCAUCUUCCAAUAUCAUCAAAAUGACUCCAGGUCCUACAAGAUUUGCUGUUACACGAGUUGAUAAUAUUCAGUCAGCAUUUCAGCUCUUCAUAUCCCCACCAAUAGAAAGGAUUAUACUGGACAUGACAAACAUGGAGGGGAGGCGUGUAUAUCAAGAAAAAUGGAAGCCACUGGAUCAGACUGACUUGCAUGCUUACAUCGGAAUUCUGGUAUUAGCUGGAGUGUACAGGUCAAAGGGAGAAGCAACUGCAAGUUUACGGAAUGAAGAGAAUGGAAGGCCAAUAUUUAGAGCAACAAUGUCUCUGGAGACAUUUCACAUGAUAUCUCGUGUGAUCCGAUUUGACAACCGUGACACCAGAGCUGGUCGACGUGAAAGAGAUAAACUUGCUGCAAUCAGAGAUGUAUGGGAUAAAUGGGUCGAAAUUUUACCUUUGUUGUACAAUCCUGGUCCCCAUGUUACUGUAGAUGAGCGCCUUGUUCCAUUCAGGGGGCGCUGUCCUUUCAGACAGUACAUGCCCAACAAGCCUGCCAAGUAUGGCAUCAAAAUAUGGGUAGCCUGUGAUGCAAAAUCUAGCUAUGCAUGGAAUAUGCAAGUGUACACUGGGAAGCUUCCUGGAGGAGCAUCUGAGAAGAAUCAGGGGAUGCGUGUGGUGCUGGAAAUGAGUGAAGGGCUGCAAGGUCAUGACAUCACAUGUGACAACUUCUUUACAUCCUACCGCCUUGGAGAUGAACUGCAGAAAAGAAAGCUGACUAUGUUGGGAACAGUCAGAAGAAAUAAGCCAGAACUUCCCAGCAAAAUUCUGAAGAUGCAGGGCAGACCUUUGCAUUCCUCAAUAUUUGUUUUCACUGAGACAGCAACAGUUGUUUCAUACUGCCCAAAGAGAAACAAAAAUGUUCUUGUAAUGAGCACAAUGCACAAAGAUGCAUCUUUGAGCACAAGAAAAGACAUGAAGCCACAAAUGAUCAUGGACUACAACUCCACCAAAGGAGGAGUUGACAAUCUGGACAAAGUCACAGCAACGUACAGCUGUCAGCGCAAGACUGCCCGUUGGCCCUUGGUGAUUUUCUACAACAUCGUGGACGUGUCUGCUUACAAUGCCUAUGUCCUGUGGACUGAAAUCAACCAGCAAUGGAAUGCCAGCAAAUUGUACCGACGUCAACUUUUCUUGGAAGAACUCGGCAAAGCACUUGUGACUCCCAAGAUCCAGAGGCGAGCCAGGCCAGCUCAAUCCCCAGCAGCUGCAGCUAUCAUUGAAAAGGUCAAGCUCAGAUCAUCCAACCAAUCUGCAAUGGAUCCAGUGGAUACAGGUGUAAAGAAGCGAAAAAGAUGCCAGGUAUGUUCCUCCCGAGAGGACAGUGAAACAACUACCUCUUGUGUGAAAUGCAAGAAUUACAUCUGCAGAAAGCACACAGUUACAUUCUGCCCAUCAUGUCGAGAACACUGAAAUGUUGAGCAUUGAAAGUCUGAAAAAAUGGACAAGUUAAAUGAAAAAAAAUGUG